GACGACAUCUGUCAAACCGGUUCUUUUAUUUACUUUGGGCAAAACAUUGAUCGGGCUGCAAUUGUUGUGCACUUUUCCUAUCCAGUAUUUCGUGGUAAUGAAUGUCUUCGUUAAUGUAAGUUGGCGAAGAAUGGCAUCCUUGGGCAAGCUCUGCGAUGCUCGGAGCUACAGUUCCAACGUUUCACGAUUGAAAAUCUUGUUCUUUGGCACGGAUAAUUUCUCUCUACCCAGCCUUAAAAUAAUCCAUAGGAAUUGGAAACAAGGAAGAACAGUUAGCAGGCUAGAAGUGGUCACGUCCUUCAAAGCAGCGAAAAAUCCAGUCAAACAGUACAGCUUGACGGAAGGGAUACCGGUUAGCGAUUGGCAAUCGUACCGACCGAACGAGAACUUCGAUCUCGGAGUGGUGGUUUCUUUCGGGCAUCUUAUUCAGGAAGAGAUGAUUAGUUCUUUCAAUCGCGGAAUGCUCAAUGUGCAUGCCAGCCUCCUGCCACAGCUUCGCGGUGCUGCACCAAUCGUUCAUGCCAUAGCUAAUGGUCAUCGACGGACAGGCAUCAGCAUCAUGCGUAUCGAGCCGAAGCGUUUCGAUAUCGGUGAAAUAUUGCUACAAUCAACCGUAGAUAUACCAAGAGACAUGCUGAUGCCGCAAUUACACGACGAAUUGGCACAGUUAGGUGCUGAUUGUUUGAUGCAAUGCAUUGAUGAUUUUGACUUUUAUAACGGACAGGCAUUGCGGCAGGACGGUUCGAAAGCAACAUACGCACCCAAGAUCGAUCGGAACUUCGCUGAGAUUAGAUGGAAGCACCACAGAGCUCUGCAGAUCUAUGAUCUGUAUCGCUCACUCUACAGUUUAGCACCAUUGAAAACAUGGUUUUGCGGUGAACCAGUCAAACUUUUCGAGAUAGCUUAUUGCCACGAUCAAAGCAACGCGAAGAAACAAACCGAAAAGGCGCCCGGUUGCAUCGAAUACUCCCGACAAACCAAACAACUGUUGGUGUGGUGUUGCGAUGGCUUUUGCAUCGAGGUAUUGCAGCUAUCCAUCGGUAGGAAAAAGACUCUCACUGCGCAAGAUUUCCACAAUGGGUUUUUGAGUAAAGUAGCUCAUUCCCGAAAGGUCUUCGGUUAGUUAUUUAUUAUUCGCAUUUGCUGAAGCAAUAGCGAUGUUUAGAUCUUCAAUGGAGAAAAUAAAUUUGUUAAA